CAAUCAGAAUGGGCAAACACUCUCGUAACAGAGGACGGCCACAGGAUGAUGAAGUAUCUGAAUCAAGUACCCGCAUACCCGUGCCCCUUGCAAUGUGGGACUUUGAUCACUGCGACCCGAAGCGCUGCAGCGGUCGAAAGCUCGCCCGUUUGCACCUCAUUCGCACCCUUAAAAUCGGUCAACGAUUCAAAGGGAUUGUUCUGAGUCCAAAGGGAACGCAGAGUGUAUCUCCUGCUGAUAGAAGUAUUAUUGAAGGGGCUGGAUUGUGUGUGGUCGACUGUUCAUGGGCGAGAAUAGAGGAAGUUCCAUUUGAAAAGAUCAGAUCACCUCAUGAGCGACUGCUGCCUUAUUUGGUAGCGGCUAAUCCCGUCAAUUAUGGUAAACCAUUUAAAUUGAACUGCGUUGAAGCGCUUGCCGCCUGCUUUUUUAUCACAGGCCUAGAUGAGCAUGGUCAUACACUUCUUUCCAAAUUCAAAUGGGGUCAUGCUUUCUGGGAAAUCAACGGCGCCCUUUUUGAGAAGUACAAAUCCUGCAGAUCCUCUGCUGAGGUAGUAGAAACCCAAAACGAGUAUCUCCAACAGAUCAAUCAAGAGUACAAAGAUCAUCGUGAAAAAAGGAAUGAGACAGGAAAUUCAAUAUCAUUGGACAUGCCACCGAGCGAUGAAGAAGAGGAGGAAGAAGAGGAGGAUCAACCUGAAGUUGAUAAAUUUGGUAAUACAAUACGGCGGGAUUUGCCCCAAAGCGAGGAAGACGAACUAGAGGAGGACGAGGACGACAUUGAAGUGGAUCGUUUUGGAAAUAUAAUACCGAGGGAUAUGCCGCCAAGCGAGAGCGAAGAAGAGGACGAGCAGGAGGAGGAGGACGACGACGAGAAAUUUGAUAAGUUUGGCAAUACGAUUCCUCGGAAUUCAUAAUGCAAGGGGGGUGUUCAGAGGGUACGCAGACGCUUAUGUAUUUAAUGACUUGAAAUGUCGCUUGCGCGCAUCGUGCACGACCAUAAUGUGCCUACGGGUUUUGGGCAUCGAACCCCACGCUCCCCGAGAAAUUAUCAAUUGUCACAUCUUGGUGCAUGACUUGGAACAGGGGCGCCGUGGUGACUGGUCACAAGGGAGUUUGAGACCCACCGAGGAAGACAUGCGUUGGACUAUGGCGCAGAGAGGAUAAUUGGUACGGACCUGACUGCAGGUGGGGCAGCAUGAUAUCGGCUUCAGGAGCGUCAUAGUCCACCAUCGAAGAUGGUCGUCCUAUUACUAGUCGAAGUGCGCAGUCUCUAUACGAUGCAGAUUUCACCAUGCAUAAUAUAUUACUGGCGGCAUGUGUCAUAGGAGAUAUCGGUGAGGAGUUAUUAUCUAGAGCUCGAGAUGCCAACACGUCCUCUUAAAUACUUGUGUUGUUGGCGCGAUAUCAACCAUGUCAUAACCUAUCAAAUAUUGGGG